AAAGAAAAAGGAAAUCAGAGACAUUCUCCCAGAUCAGAGGUCGUGCCUUCCGCCGUGGUUCCGUCGCAGUGUCGCCGAGGUUCCGUCGCAGUGUCGCCGAGGUUCCUUCAUCGUGCAGAAGCACUGGAGCACUUUAAGAAGGAGCUGCUUCUACAGAGGCAUUAAAUUUAAUUAAGUGCUUCUACAGGCACUGAAGCAAUGCCUUCAGUGGCUCAGGGAAGUCACCACUCUACAGCUACUGGCAACUUCUCCAAUGCUAAUCGGAAUCGGCAAACCGAAUUCUCUGCCCGGAGACACAAGAUUGCACAACAGAGGAAGUCUCUUCCUAUUGCUUCGGUUGAGAAAAGACUGGUUGAAGAGGUGCGGAAGAAUGAUGUUUUGAUUAUUGUUGGUGAAACUGGAAGUGGAAAAACCACACAGAUUCCACAGUUUCUUUUUGGUGCUGGAUUUUGCCGUGAUAGAAAAGUUAUUGGGAUAACUCAACCUAGACGUGUGGCUGCUAUCACUGUGGCCAAACGAGUUGCUGAGGAGUGUGGUGUUGAGUUGGGCCAAAAGGUUGGGUACUCAGUUAGAUUUGAUGAUGCUACUUCCAGCUCAACAAGGAUCAAAUAUAUGACAGAUGGGUUGCUUCUGAGGGAAGCAUUGUUGGAUCCAUAUCUUUCUAAGUAUUCUGUUAUAAUUGUUGAUGAAGCACAUGAGAGGACUGUCCACACCGAUGUAUUGUUGGGCUUGCUAAAAAGUGUACAACUUGCUCGGGCAAAUUCUGUCCGUGAUGGUCAGGACCUUAAUUUUGGAAACAAGAAUGUGAAUGGUGUCAUGUCAUUGGGGAAAGAAAAUGAUCAGAGUAGCCAUUUUCUUAAAAAAGACCAACACGAAAAGUAUGCUCCAUUGAAGUUAAUCAUCAUGUCUGCAAGUCUUGAUGCGCGCACUUUCUCUGAGUACUUUGGUGGUGCCAAAGCUGUUCACAUCCAAGGGAGACAGUUUCCUGUGGAUAUAUUUUAUACUCGCCAUGCAGAGCCAGAUUAUUUAGAUGCUGCCUUGAUAACAACAUUCCAGAUUCAUUUAGAGGAGGACCCUGGUGAUAUACUAGUAUUUCUGACUGGGCAAGAAGAGAUUGAAUCAGCUGAAAGGCUUAUCAAUGAGCGACUCACACAAUUACCUCAAGGAAGUCAGAAGCUUCUAGUUGUGCCUAUAUUUGCAGCUCUUCCAGCUGAGCAGCAAAUGCGGGUCUUUGCACCAGCUCCAUCUGGGUUUCGAAAGGUGAUAUUGGCAACUAAUAUUGCCGAGACAUCAGUAACGAUUCCCGGAAUCAAGUAUGUAAUUGAUCCUGGACUUGUUAAAGCACCUUCCUAUGACCCUGGCAAAGGCAUGGAAUCCUUGAUUAUAGUACCUACAUCCAAGUCCCAGGCUCUGCAAAGAAGUGGGCGUGCAGGGCGUGAAGGACAUGGAAAAUGUUUCCGUCUAUAUCCAGAAAAUGAAUUCGAGAAACUUGAGGAUUCAACAAUGCCAGAGAUUAAGCGAUGCAACCUUUCUAAUGUUAUUUUGCAGCUUAAGGCUUUGGGUGUUGACGACAUUUUAGGGUUUGAUUUCAUUGAGAAACCUUCCAAGGCAGCUAUUAUAAAAUCCUUGGAGCAGCUAUUUCUGUUAGGUGCUCUAACAGAUGAUUGUCGACUAUCUGAUCCAGUUGGACAUCAAAUGGCUCGACUGCCCUUGGACCCUGCUUAUUCCAAAGCUCUUAUUUUAGCCAGUCAGUUUAACUGCUUGGAGGAGAUGUUGAUAACUGUUGCAAUGCUGUCUGUGGAAUCCAUAUUUUAUGCUCCUCGUGAUAAGCUAGAAGAGGCAAGAACUGCAAUGAAAUGCUUCUCAAGUUCAGAGGGAGACCACAUCACUUUGAUUAAUGUGUAUCGAGCAUCUAAUGAUUUCUUGGAGAAGAGAUCAAUGGAAAUGGGUAAAACAAAAAGUGAGAAGGUUUUGAGAAAAUGGUGCAAGGAAAAUUAUGUUAAUAGUCGUUCUCUUAGACAUGCUCGUGACAUUCACAAGCAGAUUCAGGGACAUGUUGAACAAAUGGGUCUGAAUCUUGCUUCUUGUGGAGAUGAUAUGCUUCAAUACCGGAGAUGCCUUGCUGCUUCCUUUUUCCUCAAAGCAGCUGUAAAGCAGCCAGAGGGAACAUACAGGGCUUUGGCAAGUGGUCAGGUGGUGCAGAUCCACCCUUCUUCUGUAUUAUUCCAGCAAAAACCAGAGUGCCUGAUAUUUAACGAACUGGUCCAAACUAAUAAGAAGUAUGUCAAAAAUUUAACCAGAGUUGACUACCUAUGGUUAACCGAGCUGGCUCCUCAAUAUUAUGCCAUGCAUAAUUAAAUUCUUAAUGGUGCCACCGAACAGGUCAUUUAUCUGUUGGAACAGAUCAGUGCAGGCUUCAGAUUAUAUCUGGCCACUGGUUUAUGUAUGUUGUCUCGUGGCUUGUAAUUAGACUCUUUUAUUUUAAUUAUUUAAUUUCAGCAAUAACUAAAUAAUAUGAUAUAAUUAAUAAUUAAAUAUGUAUCCCACAUUUAUUAGAAAAUGAAAUUUCCUAACAAGAGAAUCUAGACACUUGAGAGAGGUUGUAACUGGGCUAUUGGGGUGAAUUUGGUGAAGAGGAUUUGCAAUUUUAAUUGUGCAAAAGUUGUAAUAUAAAUUUUUUAUUAAUAUGUUUUACCCGCUCUAAAG